AGAAGAAAAGUCAAACGAAGCAACUCUCCCGAUGGUGGCGACUCCAACGACUCCACCACCACCACCACUCCAUAUGAUGCGGCUGGCUAUACGAAACUAGUCUUCGAAGCAAAUGACUCCGGCUUAUCACUACUACCGGUAACGGCGACGGGGAGUAGAAAGGAGAAAACCACCAAGAAGAAGGAGAUGAGUACGGGGCGGAGGUGGCGCUCCGACACCUUCCUCUUCGUCGUCUCCGCCGCCCUCCUCCUCGGCUCCACCGCCGCUCUCUUCGCCUGGCUCGCCUUCUCCCCCUUCCCCAAACCCCUCCCCCCAUCCAACCUCGGCUGCCGCCCCGACGGCGAGGGCUCCUGGUCCGUCGGCCUCUUCUACGGCCGCUCCCCCCUCUCCCUCAGACCCAUCGAAUCCUGGAACGUGUGGAGCAACGACACCGCGGCAUGGCCGGUGGCGAAUCCGGUGGUCACUUGCGCUUCGGCGUCGGAUGCUGGCUUCCCUAGCAACUUCGUCGCUGAUCCCUUUCUCUUCAUCCAGGGUGAUGUAUUAUAUUUGUUCUUCGAAACCAAGAACCCUAUCACAUUGCAAGGAGACAUUGGGGUCGCUAUCAGCAAUGACAAGGGUGCGACAUGGCACCACUUGGGCAUCGCCCUGGAUGAGGAGUGGCACCUCUCUUAUCCAUAUGUUUUCAGCUACCAGGAUCAGAUCUACAUGAUGCCUGAAGGCAGUAAGAAAGGGGACCUCCGGCUCUACCGGGCAGUGGAAUUUCCACUAAGGUGGCAAUUGGAGAAGGUCAUUCUUCAGAAGCCCCUCGUAGAUUCAUUCAUCAUCAAUUACCGAAGUCAUUUUUGGCUUUUCGGGUCAGAUUUCAGUGCUCCUGGUGCCAAAAAGAAUGGAGAGCUCGAAAUCUGGCACAGCAGCUCUCCCUUGGGUCCUUGGUCACCGCACAAGCAGAAUCCAGUUCACAACAUGGACAAGAGCUUAGGUGCUAGAAAUGCAGGACGGCCAUUCACCUACGACGGCGAGCUGUAUCGGCCGGGACAAGACUGCGGUGAUACAUACGGGCGGCGUGUACGUCUAUUCAAAGUCAAGGUUCUCACCAAAGAUGAGUACGAGGAAGUCGAAGUUCCACUUGGUAUCGACGAGCCCCAGAAAGGCCGUAACGCUUGGAACGGAGCUCGCUACCAUCACCUAGACGUGCAACAGCUUACGACGGAUCGGUGGGUCGCGGUGAUGGAUGGCGAUCGAGUGCCUUCGGGCGAUGCUGUUCGCAGGCUUGUUAUAGGCUACACAUCGUUCGGAGCUGCUAUUGCACUGGUUAUGCUAUCAGGGGUGCUGCUGAGCGCAAUCAAGUGCAAUCUGCGCUUGAGCCGCUGUCUUCCGUUGUCAACAAGGCGAAGCGGUCUCACUGGGGCAGCACAAGAACGCCAUCUUCAACUCUAUUCUAAGCUUAGAUGGUUGUUCAGCCAUUUGAACAAAAUGACAUCUCACUUCAGAUCAGGAGGAAUAAGACCCAACACCUGUAUAGGCCGGUCAGUUCUAGCUCUCUUGUUUCUGGCAGUAGUUACACUAACUUGUGUCGGCACCUAUUACGUCUACGGGGGCAAUGGUGCAGCGGAGGCUUACUCGCUAAAAGGGCACUACUCUCAAUUCACACUUCUGACGAUGACAUAUGAUGCUCGCCUCUGGAAUUUGAAGACGUACGUGAAGCAUUACUCAAGAUGCUCAUCGGUGCGCGAGAUCCUGGUGGUGUGGAACCGAGGCCAGUCGCCAAAUGUCAGCGAGUUCGACUCCACCGUGCCGGUCAGAAUCCGAGUGGAGAAGAGGAACUCUUUGAACAACAGAUUCAACGUCGAUCCAUCGAUACAGACACCGGCAGUUCUCGAGCUUGAUGAUGAUAUCAUCAUGCCCUGCGACGACGUGGAGCGUGGAUUCAAGGUCUGGCGAGACCACCCUGAGAGAAUCGUAGGAUUCUACCCGCGGCUCGCGGAAGGGAGGCCAUUGAAGUAUCGGGACGAGAAGUAUGCCCGGAGACGAAGGGGGUACAACAUGAUACUAACCGGAGCUGCAUUUAUGGAUCAUAGGUUGGCAUUCGGAAGGUAUUGGAGCCAAGAGGCGAAAAUAGGAAGGAAUAUAGUGGAUGAGUACUUCAACUGCGAGGAUGUGCUUAUGAAUUUCCUGUAUGCAAAUGUGAGUUCGUCGAGGAAGACGGUGGAGUAUGUGAAGCCUUCGUGGGCGGUAGACACAUCAAAGUUCUCAGGAGUAGCCAUCAGUAGGAACACACAAGCACACUAUGAGGUGAGGAGUGCCUGCCUUGCUAAGUUCACAGAGGUAUAUGGAGAUUUGGCUGCCAAUAAAUGGAGAUUCGGUAGCAGAAAAGAUGGUUGGGAUGCAUAGCAGUAGCAGCUUGGCACCAACUAUGUAAUUUUGUUCGUGUAACUUCUUACUUUGAUUAAAAGUAUUCUAUCAUAUCCAACUAAAAAAUUCAUCGAUGCAUUUU